AUGGGGGGUCCAAAACGAAAUAAGUUGAUUGUUAGGACUUUAAUUUUCCCGAAGUUUCCAGUUGUUGGUCACUCCAGUUUGCCGACAACAGCAAGGCAGGAAAGUGCGGCAGAAACUUCUGGGUCAAUGGACUUUGAGACUAUUCCAAGUAAAAUGGGAAAUUCCAAUGGAAAUACAGCUCGUCGACUUCGAAGAGAGUCCACAGCAGAAGCUGCAACAAAUGAACGGGUUGCUAUACUUGAUUUUGGUGCUCAGUAUGGCAAGGUAAUUGAUCGACGUGUUCGUGAGUGUAACGUUAUGAGUGAUAUGUUACCUUUGAGCACGGAAGCGAGCGAGUUGAUUGAGAAGGGAUAUUACAAAGCAAUCAUAAUAACCGGAGGCCCGAAUUCUGUUUAUGAUGAAAAAGCACCAGCAUAUGAUCAUUCUCUGUUUACAUGUGGCUUGCCUGUCCUUGGCAUAUGUUAUGGUUUCCAAUUGAUCAACAAGGCGUUUGGUGGAACCGUGUCUAGAGAACGUAUUCGUGAAGACUGUCAAAAAACAGUGAGAGUUGAUAAAAACUGUCAACUGUUUGAUGGUUUAGCUGAGAAAGAAGAAGUGCUUCUUACACAUGGUGAUAGUGUUACUGAAAAUAGUGUUGCGAAUGGUUUUAAAGUAAUUGCAAAAAGCGGAUCUUUUGUAGCUGGCAUUGCUGAUGAAGAAAGAAAAAUUUAUGGUGUUCAGUUCCACCCAGAGGUGGAUCUCACACUGAACGGCAGAUCAAUCUUUCGUAACUUCCUGUUGAAAAUUGCUGGUUGUACAGGAAGUUAUACUUUGGGGAAUAGAGAAGAAAUUUGUAUUGACGAAAUAAGACGAACUGUUGGUGACAAGCGCGUUUUGGUUUUGGUAUCGGGCGGUGUGGAUUCGACUGUUUGCGCUGCACUUUUGAACAAAGCGUUGGGUAAAGAUCAAGUGACGGCGCUCCACAUUGAUAACGGUUUUAUGCGUUACAAAGAAAGUGAUAAGGUUAUAGAAGCUUUGCAGAGGAAUGGUCUUCAUGUCCGAAGACACAACGCGCAUUUUGCAUUUUUGAACGGAACGGUUUCGACAGGUGAUCUUCAGUCUACUAUUUUAUCUAAAACUACAAAUCCUGAAAUCAAACGGAAGAUUAUUGGGGACACCUUUAUGAGAGUAAAAGAUGCAGUUCUUGAGGAGAUGGGACUUGAUAAAGAUGAUCUUUUUCUUUGCCAGGGCACAUUACGGCCUGAUCUCAUUGAGAGCUCAUCUGCUCUCGCUAGCGGAUUUGCGGAUAUUAUCAAAACUCAUCACAAUGAUACAGCUCUCGUGAGGGAGCUUCGUGAUUCGGGGAAAGUAAUUGAGCCCUUGAAAGAUUUUCAUAAAGAUGAAGUCAGAGAAUUGGGCAAAGCAUUAAAUUUGCCUGAUUAUAUUGUACAUCGUCAUCCAUUUCCAGGUCCUGGAUUAGCUGUUCGUAUACUGUGCGCUGAACGCCCGUACAUUUUGAAGGAUAGGGAUCGUCAUGCAGCUCUGCAGCAGGAUUUGCAUAUGUUUGCAAAUCUUCCUCAGUAUGAAGAAGAAGCUCAAGCCAGACUACAAAAGAAGUUAGCAAAAAAUUUAACUGAUGCAGAGAUGACUGCUUUAUUCAACCAUUCUUCUGAAAUUGCGACCACACUGCUUCCUAUUCAGUCCGUUGGCGUCCAGGGAGACUCGAGAACAUAUUCUUAUGUAGCCGCUUUGUCAACAGAUGAACGACCAAUUCCUUGGGAUGUGCUUGAAAAAUUAGCACGUGUAAUUCCUCGCUUUCUUCAUGAAAUAAACAGGGUUGUUUAUGUUUUCGGAAACAUGGUAGAACAUCCAGUGAACGACGUUACCCGAACUUUUCUGAACGAAUUUACGGUCUCACUGCUGCGGUGGGCUGAUCGUCUAGCUUUUGAAGUAAUGAAGGGUCUAGAUGAAAAAGGAAAUCGGGAUAAUAGCCUAGAAGUUUGUGUUGAUAAAGUACAACAGAUGCCGGUUGUAAUGGUUCCGGUGCACUUUGAUCGGGAUCCUAACGACAGAAAGCAGUCAUGUCUAAGAUCUUUUGUUUUACGACCGUUUUUAACAUCUGAUUUUAUGACGGGUUUGGCUGCACUGCCUGGCAGAGAUCUUCCCGAAGAGACUGUGUUAGAAAUGGCUCGGAGGAUUCGAGAAAAUGUGCCUUUAACUUCACGUGUCAUGCUUGAUCUCACUUCGAAACCUCCCGGUACAACCGAAUGGGAGUAG